AAAAAAAAACCAAAAAAACAAAAAAAAAAAUGUGAAUUAUGGAAUUUAAUGAAUUUAACCAUUCUUUUCAUUCUUUGAGGUUCAGUUCAUUUUGCGAUUGGCGACAUAAUUUAAGAAAUUGUGAUGAUGCUCCAACACUUAAAACUUUGUUAUUAAUCGCAACAAUAAUUACUUUCAUAAUUUCUUUAUUAACAUUAACAAUUUUAUGCUGGAAAUUAAAUUAUCGUUCAUCUACUUGUAACAAAUCAUGGAAAAUAUAUGAAUGGUCAUCUAUAGAAUUAAUAUUAUUUUGGAUUACAAUAUAUUGUUUAUUUAGAGGUUUACACACUUUUACUAUUGCUUUAGACCUUUUUACAAAUCAUGUGAUUUUAAGAGCUUCAUUUUAUGAAAUUUCAUUCAUUCCAGGAUUUUAUUUGGUUCUAAUUUAUUUGACUAAUAUAUUUCGUUUAAUACCAAAAUUAAGUUUUAAUCAAACAUCAAAUCGUAAAUCAAAUAUAAAAACUAUUUGUAUACCAAAAGAUAAACAAUCAACAAUAAUAUUUUGGUUCUCAUGUAUAUUUACGACAUUAAGUUUAACUUGUUCAUCUAUAAUUAGAGGUUAUUCAAUUAUUUAUCCAAAAAAAUCUUUUUUUAUAAUAACAACUUUAUUGGAUACUAUUAAUCUUAUCAUUCGUUUAUUUCUUGGUUUUUGUUUGAUAUAUUAUGGAAGAAUAUCUGUUAAUUUAACAAAUCAAAGUAUGAUAUUAGCAGGUAUUGAUGAUAUAAAAGAUAUUAAUAAUUGUGAUUCGAAUUCGAAUUUAAAUAUGAAUCAUACUAAUAUUUUGAAUAAAUUACACGUUCAUAAGAUGCAAAUAUUUAACAUAAUUUGUGGAAUAACUUUUAUAUUUUAUUCAUUUAUAAAUAUUGUUCAAAUGAUAUUCUUCAAAGAUCUUAUACAUAAUCCUUAUUUUGAAAUGUUUGAUUUUUCUACACUUAUAUUUGGAACCCCUUUAUUUACUUUGAUUUUAGUCAUUGCAAUAUUAUUACCGAAUGUAUUAAAAAAAAAAAGGAUGCUGUAUUAUUUAUUUAAAAAGGUUAAUUACGGAAAAAUUCUCUAAUAUGGUUUCGAUUAUGUAAAAAUAUGUUUAUCUAUAAGAUUUUUAGAUCGAUUUUUUAUUUUAUUCUUUAAAAGGGUAAAAUCAUGUUUGUACUACAAACAAAAUUUGUGAUGCUUAUCAUUUAAUAGUAUAGUUUUAUGAUAAAUGUAUACUUUUGAUGAAUAUGAAUGUAUAUACUUGAUUACUAUUUGUUCUGCUCCAUUCUCUAUAACCUCUUUAACCUCUAUAACUUCAACCACAGUUUAGAAAUUUCCUAAUUUCAUACAUUCAGGAGUUUCCGUAGCAUGGGAAUAACAAAUUAUAAAAUUAUCCGUUAAAAAUAAUUACAUGAAUUUUUUAUUGCAUAUUGUCACGUGAAUAGGAUCUAUUAUAACAGGUUUGCAUUCAAGAAUGGG